AUGGAGUCGAUGCUAAGACUUGUCCGCGACGCCCCUGCCGGGCAGUUUCUUCGCUGGGCAACAGGGAGCCGACUGUUGCGAUACCCCGAGGAAGAGCAUGAUUUUAUUAUCCCGGUAAACUACGAAUUGGCUCUAUCGGAAGCCAGGAAAUCCGAGCCACAGACGUUCAAUUCCAGCACACUCUCUUCCUCUGAUGGUAGAAGCAUCGUAAGAGAUACAACCACAGAUGAUAUUGAGAGAUCCGCAGUCGACGAGGAGCGGACAGAAGAGAAAAGAAAUGUCACCUUUGUGCCUUUGGAAACUGAGGACGGCCUGAUUGUCAUUGACUGGUACACAUCAGACGAUUCCGAAAACCCUCAAAACUGGCCACAGACCAAGAAAUCCUUGGUUGCUUUUAUUAUUUUCACCUACACAUUUAUCGUCUAUGCCGGAUCAGCGAUCUAUACAUCAUCGGAGGAGGAGGUAACAACUGUAUUCGGGGUUUCGAUGACUGCUGCGUCUCUUGGGUUGUCCUUAUAUGUGCUGGGAUAUGGAGUCGGUCCUCUUGUGUUCUCGCCCCUUUCGGAAAUUCCUUCCAUCGGGCGAUCACCCGUCUAUUGCAUCACUAUGUUCCUCUUUGUGAUCAUCUCUAUUCCUCUUCCAAUGGUGGACAACUUCGCCGGACUUCUUGUUCUUCGGUUCCUGCAAGGAUUCUUCGGCAGCCCUUGCCUGGCUACCGGUGGAGCUACAAUGCAAGACUUGUACUCACACCUCUAUCUCCCCUUCGCACUCAGUGUAUGGGUGACAGCCGCAUAUUGUGGCCCUGCUCUCGGCCCGCUCAUUUCCGGCUUUGCCGUAGAGAAGAUGGGCUGGCGAUGGUCUCUGUGGGAGAUACUUUGGGGUGCUGGGCCGGUAUUCGCCAUCAUGGUAGUCUUUCUUCCGGAGACGUCAGCUCCGACUCUUCUACACAAGCGUGCAAAGCGCUUGCGCAAAUCACUCGGCACUCAGAACCUGAUGUCGCAGUCUGAGAUUGAACAGAGGCGACUCAAACCUAUGGCUAUCGCUGUGGAAGCAAUCAUCAAACCUUUGCAAAUUUCCGUCAAGGAUCCGGCAGUGCUGUUUGUCCAGCUGUAUACGGCAAUCGUCUAUGGUAUCUAUUAUUCCUUCUUUGAGGUUUUUCCGUUGGUAUAUCCACCCAUUUAUGGAUUCACCCUCGGCACAAUUGGGCUGGUGUUUCUGUGCAUUCUUGUGGCGUGUUUGCUCGGCAUCGCCUCCUAUUUUGCGUAUCUCUGGUACUACCUCAUCCCCCGCAUUGAAAACGGUCGGCCGAUGGCGCAAGAGACUCGUCUUGUACCGGCGUUGUUCGGCUGCUUCGGACCUCCUAUCGGCUUAUUUUUGUUCGGUUGGACCGCAAACAAAGACAUUCACUGGAUUGUUCCCACGAUUGGUAUUACUAUCUACGCGGGAUCGGCGUUCAUUGUGCUGCAGUGCGUCUUUGUGUAUGUUCCCAUGUCGUAUCCGAUGUACGCCGCGUCUCUUUUUGCAGCCAACGAUUUCUUCCGAUCUGCUAUGGCGUGUGGUUCGAUCCUAUACGCACGGCCUAUGUUCGAUAAUCUUGGCAUUGGACGUGGGAUAAGUCUAUUGGGUGGGUUAAGCACGCUCGGCAUCAUUGGUAUCUUCCUGUUACACCAAUAUGGCUCCAAACUCAGGGCAAAAUCGAAGUUUGCCGAGUCAUAA